CUCGAGCAGAGCUGAUGCGUGGAAACGGUGACGUCGCGUUCGAAGCUCGAGGGGAACAAAAACCCCAACACGCCAUCGAUGAUCGAUCUCCUCUUCUCGCCGUUCGAUCGGUUUCGAGAUCGUACAGGUUCUGUUCUUCGACCUGCAUGCAUUGGUGCAUUUCCCUUCUGGGUCUCUAGGGUUUGGUUUUGGUGAGGAGCGAUGAAGGCGCCGGCGGAGGCCUCGAAGCUUCUCUACGUCGUUGUGGUUGACGGUGACGAUGGUGAUGGCGAGAAGAGAGAGCGUGGUUCGUUUCGGUACACGCGCUCGGUGCUCCAGAGCACGCUCCAGCUCAUGGGCUGCAAGGCUCGCCACGCCUUCAAGAUGAGCAGAAGGGUAUUUGAAGUGAUAAAGACUGAAAUGUCCGGGGUUAAUGCUUUACCUGACAACAAGACGAGGUCAGGCGAUUUGGGAAGGCCUCUUCAUGGUAAGCUAGAUGAAUGGAGCCGAGAUGGGGAGGAUUACCAUAUUGGCCUGAAUAAAGAGAAUGUGGAGGAAAGCAACACAAUACCGUUUGAGUUGUAUAAGAGGCAGACAACCGUAGUUGUUCCAAGAGAGGUCUUCUUGAAGGUUACUUGUGAUGCUCUUUCAUUGUAUAAGUAUGUUGGGCCCAAUCAAAGGGCUGACCUCAUUUUGGCUUGCAGAAUUCGAGAAAGGAAGGAAUCUGUGACAGUUCUUUUAUGUGGUACCAGCGGGUGUGGAAAAUCUACUUUGUCCUCUCUGUUGGGAAGUAGAUUAGGGGUGACAACUGUGAUAUCAACCGAUUCAAUACGCCACAUGAUGAGAAGUUUCGCAGAUGAAAAACAAAACCCUCUCCUUUGGGCUUCAACAUACCAUGCAGGAGAAUGCUUAGAUCCUGUGGCGGUAGCAGAAGCAAAGGCUAAACGACAAGCAAAGAAACUUGCUGGUGUUCCUCAUCCAAUCAUCACAGAAGAUCUUUCCGCUGGAUCUUCGAAUGAAAAAUCAGGUGUCCAACGCCUACAACAAGUCCCAGCAACGGAGUUAAUUAGCAAAAAGCAAAUGGCUAUCGAGGGAUUUAAAGCACAGAGCGAGAUGGUCAUUGACAGCCUUGACAGGUUGAUUACUGCAUGGGAAGAUAGAAAAGAAUCCGCUGUUGUCGAGGGUGUCCACCUAAGCCUUAAUUUUGUGAUGGGUCUCAUGAAGAAGCAUCCUUCAAUAAUACCAUUUAUGAUUUACAUCGCAAACGAGGAGAAACACAAGGAAAGAUUCACAGUGCGCGCAAAAUACAUGACACUAGACCCAUCAAAAAAUAAAUACAUCAAAUACAUCCGAAACAUCAGAACAAUUCAAGAGUACCUAUCAAACAGAGCCGACAAGCAUCUAGUGCCCAAAAUCAACAACACAAAUGUUGAUCGAAGUGUGGCAGCUAUUCACGCCACAGUAUUCAGCUGCCUAAGGAGACGAGAGGCAGGUGAACACUUGUAUGAUUCAGCCACAAAUACAGUACCCAUCGUACACGAAGAGUAUAGAAAUCAGUGCGCUGCAAAUUCUCUGAGCUCGAAGGGGAUGUUUCAGUUGAUUCAGAGGAAAGGGUCUUCGAGGCAUUUUAUGGCUCUUCUUAAUACAGAUGGCUCUGUUGCUAAAGCUUGGCCUGUUGAGUCUAAUGAUGGCAACAGUAGGUCAAUAUCUCAAGGACCAGUGUAUGGCCCAUUACAAAUUGCUAAGGCAGAAUCAGUAAACCUUCAGUUUGGUAAUUUUGGGAUCAGUGCUUGGCCCGAUGAUGCAUGUGGUACUAGUCGUGCUGGAAGUCACACUGAAAGUGUUGAUGAAUCGAGGGCUGAUGGUAUGGAUUCUGGAAGUAGAUACUUUUCCUCUUGUUGCAGUUCUCCGAGGUUUUCGGAUGUACCUGCCAAGGAACUUAAGGAAGAUUUAUCAGUGUCAGGCAGCGAAGAAGAAGGAGAUGACCCAGUUGAUAUAUAUAGUGAUGACGAUCAUUUAAGCAACGGAGAUAAGAAAGAAAUUAUACUUGAAGAGAUGGAGAUGGAGGGCUCCGUUGAUGAAGACUCAACCAAGCCUGAUGAAGAGUACGAAGACCUAGCCAUGCGAGAUAGCCAAGACAACGGUUACUGGUCCGAUGACGAAGAAGACAAACUAAAAUUUGAGAAGGGGUCUUCAGAACAUGAUUCGAUGGCGAGUUCUGAAGACACGGAGAAAUACCAGCAGAAUCUAGAUCAUUUCCUAAAAUUAAAAUUAAGUAAUCGGUUUUCUGAACCUUCGCGCACUUGCUCACUUCUUUCUGAAACAAAAGGAAGGAAUGCAGGGGCAAGGGUAAUAACUCGCAGCCAGUCGCAGAGUAUUUUGAGCUCAUGAAACUGCUGUAUAUAGUUAUAAGGCUCUAAUAGCCAGUGGCAGUUAUAAAGAUGCUUCUUGUUUGUCAUUGUAAUGGCUAGUUAAACUAUUAUGCAGGAUGUUUUGUUGGAUGUGCUCUCAUUUA